CCUCUACUGCUGUCUUGCACCUCUGUGUUUACAGUACUGCAAGGACAGAAAGUUGUCACUGAUCUUAAGGUUACUGGGUACCAUGGUCAUGAUGUCUCACUUCUGUGCCAAUAUAUGCAUGGAAACACAGAAGACAAAAUAACACAAGUGCAGUGGAUGUGGCAGAAUGAGUCCAGUGAAUAUACAAUCAUGGUCUUUAGUGAGAUGAAUGGCCUUUUUCUGCAUGACACAUUCCUGAAAGACAGAGUCAGCUUCAGUAAGAGCUCUCCUCUAAUCGAUGAGGCCUCCAUCAUCAUCACAGAUGUGAAGAUAAGUGAUCAGGGAGUUUACAGCUGUGACUACACAACCUUCCCUAGUGGCAGUCAUAAAGGACAAACCAUUCUUACAGUGUUAGAAGGCAGUCCUCCUGUUCUGUCCACCGUUGAGGCUGUAGGGAUUGUGUCUGCUGUAGUGUUCAUUGCUGUAAUUACAGCUGCUGUGGGGUAUUUAUUCCUGCGCAACAGACGGCGAGCCAGCAGCACUAUCCUUUAUUACACAACUCAGAGCCCCAGUGACCUACAACAGGAUGUCACAUAUUCUGAUGUCACAAUACGAAGACCUGGCAAAGCUAACAGAAGCACCUCAUCAUCCGGGGAGAUUGAAUACGCUGCAGUUUCCUUCAGUGGUCGGUCAGAAUCAGCAUUACUGCAAGCCAAUCAGUUAGAUUUGGCGUUUCACUUAGCAGAGCUGGAAACUGUGUACGCACAGGUGAAAAAAGACUGAUUUUGAGUACAAAUGUCACAUCCACUAUAGGUUUCUAUUAAUGAAUUAGGUGUUUAGAACAGUAGAGACAAUAAAGGGAAGAUGAUAACUAUAAAGUUUUAGUAAUGGUUCAAUAGGGAAGUCCACACUACAGCUAUGAUAAUGACAGUGGAACUGCCGAAAUGGCCCAAAAACUGACACUGACAGUUUAAAAAGCAUGUGUGCUCUCUUUUUAGAGGUAACGCCUGUGUGUGGUCUAUGCAAGAAGUCACACAUCAGUACUUCUUAAAAUGAAAGAAAUAAACCGAUAAUAUAUUUGGAUUUCAAUACUCUGUGUUCAUGCUGGCAGUUUUGGGGAUUGACAACCGCAUUUACUUACAGGUGUGAGUCUCGAAAUGUCCCGUUCACACAGUAAUUUAUAGCUUUUCGAAUACUGUCUGUACAAACCUGCAACAGGAGUCAAGCUUGUAUACCUUACGAGUAACCAUAGCAACAGAGACCAAAGCAAUAUUAAAGAUGGCAACAUCCGUAAAACUUAAAGUAUUACCACUUUCUGACACGACAAGUGUCCAAUCGAGCUGAGGGUUCAUCCAUCAAAUCAUCAUUAACCGACAGCAGCUUUUAAAUUUGCACUUAACCGUAUUAAGGACUCAAAUGCGGUAUUGACAACCGCAUUCUGCUGCUGUGUGAACGAGGCCACUGUGAACAAUUAUUGUCAGUUUAUUUUCAUCUCUUAGUGGGCUUUGAUUUAGAUUUGAAUAACAAAAUUGUCUGCAGAAAAACACAAUCGAGUCUGCAGUUUUGGGGAAAGUUACUUUUAAAAGUAAUGCGUUGCAAUAUUGAGUUACUCCUUAAAAAAGUAACUAAUUAUGUUACUUAGUUACUGUUUAUGGAAAGUAAUGCAUUACUUUACUUUUGUGUUACUUUUUAAAUCUGGGUAGGGCUUUCUUGUUUGUUUUUAAUAUAAAAAGUUAUAUUUUUGGCAAAUGUAAAAGCCUUUUCACACCAAAAGCCUCAGGUUUUGAGAAAAGUAUAUUCAUGUCUGUACACUGCAGAAGAAAGAAAAUGUAAACUCUUCAGCAAUCAAAAAUGGAAAACAAAUGUUAGAUUAUCUUAAGUAAUUUUUGCUUAUUAGUAUGGUUGAAUUGGAUCAUCGAAGGUCGGCAGCAAAUACAUUGGUUAAUAAAAUGGGAUUAAAUGCAUAAAGGAUAUCUGUAUUUAACAUAUUUAAUUAUUCUAGGUUUUUGUCAUAUUCUAAGUUGAAUUUCACAGUUUUUAUUCAUUUUGAUGAAUACUGAAUCUGUUUUUUGUGAGUGAGAUGAAUUAAUGCAUGUUCACAUUUAUUCUAGAACUAACAUCUUACUCCCGAUUUCUCUCAACAUGGAGACAGGAGAACUUUUAAUCAAUAAAUGGGAGGAAAAGUAACUGGCGUUACUUUUUUGACAAAAGUAACUCAGAUAUUGUUGUCAAUUAAAAAGUAAUGCGUUACUUUACUUGGAAAAAGUAAUAAUAUUACGUAACUUGUGUUACCAUUAAUGCGUUACCCCCCAACACUGCCAGUCUGUACACAGCAUAAGGGUUCACAAAAAAAUAAAAAUAAAAAAUAAAUAAAUGCAUGUUGUUAGAGACAAAAUAAUAUAUAUUAUUUUUAUUCCAAAGAAUUUUCUUUGUCUAUAGUUUUAACAUUACAUGAUCCAACUAGUUGGAAAAGCCCCUCAACUCCUAAAACUGACCCGCUGAUACAUUCAUUUAAAAUAUCCUCUGCACCUCAAGAUGUAAUCUAAUUUUAAUGUAAAUAACCAUCAUUUUAUAUGCAAAACACAUUUGUAUAGAAAUUUUUUUUAAAGUAAUAACAAAAAAAGAGGUUCGCUGUUGUUUUAGAACAUCUCUGAGUCUUCUAUUUCCUUCUUUCUUCCAUUAGUCAUAUGUGUGUGAAAUUUUUUUAAGCUGAACCACAACACC